AAACAGCGGGACAGAAUGCGCGCUGUAUGGUGAGACUUUCGGCGUGCAAUAUGGUCGCCCUAGUGCAUGACGCAUCUUUACAAACCCAAAUCGUCGCGUCUGGAGGGUGUGUAGCUACUACUCGCCACCGACCACGCGUCUAUCAACCCCGCUACCUGCCCGCUUCUUGCUAGCCUACUGUGAUCAGUCAGACAUGUAUAUAUCAAGUACCACAACGCAGCUCACCACUGCAAUACUAUGAUCAUUUUCCACCUCUGAGUAUCUGAUCUAUCCAUAAUGUCCACCCUCGCCGCCCAAAAAGCAACGGCCCAAGCCGUCAUCGACGGAUACAACGCAUGGAACAUGGAUAAGGUAAUGGCCUAUCGAACGGCAGACUGCACACAACAAGUCCUUCCUGCGUCGCUAGGGCGACCGAUCCAGAACAAUACCCAAUAUCGUGAGCGCUUCAGUCAAAUGCUGCCACAUUUCAGGAACUUCAAGGUUACUGUUCACACAGAGGCGCAUGAUGUGGAUGCGCAUACCUGUAUCAUGCAUGCGACGAGUACAGCCGAUAGUGACAUUGGACCGUAUGCGAACGAAUACGCGCUCAUCUUGCAUUUCACGGAGGAUGGGAAGCAGGUUACCAAGUUUCUGGAAUUUGUAGAUUCGGCUUUCUCGACAAAGUUCUUCAAGGAGCUGAGGGAUGCAGGUCUUGGACCGCAGUAGACUUGCAGAGACGCAACUAAAGAGAGACCUAGAUCGAUGACAUAUACAAGCUGAAGACAGAAUACAUGGCGAAGAGGAUGGAUCGCUGACGUAUCUUGUUCCUCGUCAG